CUCCGUUGCCGCCACCUUCCCCUUCCUCUGCUACCCCAAACUCUGUACCCACCCAGGCCACUGGCACCAACAUCCCCCUCCCAUUCCUCCUCCUCCCCCUCAUUCCCGAUCAACCCAACCUCCAGCCCCAUCCCCCUCUCCCACCUCCUCCCCUCCAUCCCCUGGCUCCGCAUGAUAACCCACCGCGACCACGUCACCAAAGAAAUCUUCCACCUCCUCCACACCGCGGGCUACCCCCUCCCACUAAUCUGUUCCCUGUCGGUCCACAAACUCUGGUUCCUAAUGGACAUCCCCGACAACGCCCGCCGCGAAUGGACCAUCCGCAACCCCCGUAUCUGGCAAGACGGCGAUAUCUUCUUCGCAAUCCUCUUCCUCGUCCAGGUGGACAUGUAUCUUCGCGAAAGGCGUGGCCAGAGAACCAACUCCAUCCGACGAUUGAUCAUGGCGCAGCCGACACUAACCUUUCUGAGGGAUUAUAUGAGGAGUUGGGUGUUAAACUCGAACAUCGAUCUUUUUGCUGCGUUUGUCAGGUGGAGAUAUGUCCCAAAGGCUGGAGACGAAGGGUUGCAGUUCUUUGGGGUCCCGUAUGAAAUGGCUGGGGAGUUGCAGUUUGAGGGAUAUGGAAGGCCAAGGAGUAAUGGGGUCGGUAUGGAGAGAAAGGUGAAGUUGGUGAGGCCUGAUGAAUUGGUAUUGAGGGAGAUGGAGAGACGGGGUCUCUGUAUGCAGGAUAUGUAUCGGGAUUUUUUUCUGUUGGGCCAGGGAGGGAAGUAUUUUCCGGUGGAGAGAAUGGGAGUGUCCUGGGUUAAAGAGGUGAUGGCGGCGGCGGAAGGGAUGGGUUGGAAUUGGAUGGAUAUGGUGAGGUUGGAUUGAGUGUUGUUGAUGUUGUUGCUGUUGUUGUUUGGUUGGGGAAUUGGGGUUUGAGGUGUUUGCUUGAAAGUGGUAUGGUGAAGUUUGGUUGUAAUUACGGUGGUAUUGAAAGGAAGGAAAAGCAGGGGUUGAAAAAAUGUACUUUACUUUGAUUGAUUGAUCAUGGAUUAGGUUAUCCAGAGAUAGAUCGAUGACUUUGGACCCUCAGCUAGGCAGUGGUCAACCCUUUUAUGUGAACCAUUUGCUGCUGAUAUUAGCAGA